AUGGCUACUAGAAAAAGAAGUGGUUCGGGGUCUAAAAGACAUCUCAAGGAAAAAGUUGUCCAGAUUUAUGAGUCCUUCUUCAGAGGUGAAGAUUUAACUAGUGAUAACCCCACUUUUUGGGAUGAAUUUUUUCUCUUGAAACCUAAAAUUCCCCAACUAGAAGCUGAAAUACAAAAAUUGACACCCGAUCAACUGUUGAACAUGAAAGAUAAUAUUAAUUUACUAGUUAUUCAAUGUAUUGAAAUGUUGGGACAAGAGCACCACAUCAGAUUAGUUUAUGCACUUCAAACUUUUAGUGCUCUAUUAACGACAAUGUACCAAAGAUUUGCACAGGAUCCUAAUGUUAAUAUUAAAACUGUUCUUCUUGGUAUAGAAAAUCCUGGUUGUAAAAUGCAGAAGUUAUUGGAACAUUGUAAUUCUGUAUUGUCAGGUGAUGUUCCUGAAAGCUUAAAAUCAAUGGUCCUCAAGUUGUUGCUAAUUAUUGCAACUGGAGUUGACAAUAUUGAUGAUAAUCCUCUUGUAGAAUUUUUAAUGUUGCACUCGUUGUUUGAACCUUUGAUUCAUCUUCUGUGUACAACCACUGAAAGACAACAACAUGGUUAUGAUGUAGUCCUUCUACUCAUGUUUCUUGUGAACUACAAAAAACAUGAAUCAGCUAAUCCAUAUGUGGUUAAACUGUCAAUACUCGAUGAUGAACUAGCAUUAAAUGGGUAUGGCCAAGUCAUAACAGCAGCUCUGAAUGACUAUGUAAUGACUACAUUUGGUGGCAUGCAGACAAACACAGGUGGUUGGUUAAGUUCACUUACCAGUAUGGUUGGAGGUAUAUUCCUUACAAAUGAUGAAACACAACCUGUAUUGAGGGGACAGAGGUAUAGUGGUGGUGAGGAGGGUAUGUUACUAGCAUUGUAUGAAGCCGCGCACCUAAACCGGAAUUUUAUGACGACCCUGGCACAUUCCUCUGCAACUGCUUCAGCACCACCUUCUCCACCAGCUACAUUACCUCCACAUCAGACUCCACCUAACUUGGCACAGAUUCAAGCACUAAUCGAUAAUGAGCAACCAACAAACCUACUUGUUACAUUCUUUCAGUAUUGUUCAAUAGUGAUGGCGGACACGCGAACGGAAGCUAGCAUAAACAAGUGCAGUCUAUGUUUCAUCACACUCACUUGUAUAGUGGAGGAACAGUUCGCUAACUCCAUCAUGCACGACCAAAACCUUACAUUUAAAGUUCAACUUUAUAGACUUCCUAUGCGUCAUCGCAAGAUAGUUCCCGAAGAGCCUCCUUCACAACCCCUUGCGUCGACUUUAAUUGAUUUGCUGGUGGAAUUCAUGAUGUGUCACUUAUUAAAAAAGUUUCCUGGGGAAUUAUAUGAAGUUUGCGUUGGAGUUUUGCAAAGAGUACUAAGUUACCAAAAGCGGUGUCGGGUGCGUCUUACGAGGGACUGGCGCCCUUUAUGGGCCGCACUAAUCGCUUUAUUAAAGUUUUUAGUUACCAAUGAAACUACACUGUUGAGAAGACACAAUAUAUUCUUGAUGGCCCAACAGGUAGUGAACAUUUUCAACCUGUUUAUCACGUUUGGGGAUACGUUUCUACCGACGCCGGCUUCUUACGAUCAAUUGUAUUAUGAACUUAUUAGAAUGAAUCAGGUUUUUGACAACCUUUUCUAUAUGGCUUUGCGCUACUCAACGGGUGAUGGAGAGUUCAAAGCUGAAGCUCUUCGACUCGCCAAUUGUUUGGUAAACGUACGAGCCAUCACCCAACAUUUCGCGCCAAAGAUAGACGCGUGGCUGGCCUCGCAAUCUCUUUCCACGCCGUCUGAAGAUCAGAUACUCGAAGUCGUGCGGAAAAAUUACGAUAGCCUAAUACUAAAAUUGCAAGAAGGUUUGGAGUCGUAUGAGCGAUAUUCGGAAAAAAGUUACCGCUCCCUCCUUUCGAAGUUGGUCAAGGGCGCAACGGCGUUUGCGCGGCAAAGAAGCGAUGCGGCUGCCCUCGGGCAUCACUCAGCGGCGCUAGUAUCGCAUUAUACAACGCUGGCAGUGCCAACAUUAUGUAAGUAUUAUCUGAUUGCUAUAUAUAUAGAUUAG